AUGGCUAUUUCUAAGCAACAAGAGGCAGUCAUUGCUAAAAUAGUUGCUUAUGAUCCAGCUACUUGGUUUCUUGCAUGUGAAUCUGAGGUCGUCAAGAUUCCAGAGGCAGAUCGAGCUGAGUUUGGGAAAAUACUACGUGAAGCAAUGGACGUUUACAAGUCUAAAGUUCAAAAUGUCAUCCCGAUAUUGAAGAGAGGACCAAACCUCAAUCCAGAGGUCAAUAUACGUGCUUGGGCUAUGAUGCAUGCUAGAUUCUUGGCUCGUUUGUUUAUUAAACAUCCGACCCUGUGCGAACGACUAUGCGUCAAGCUUUCCAAUGAUACCUAUAACCCAGGAUGGCGAUGCCAUGUCAAGAAGUUCAAGGACAUAGAAAAGCACAAGAACGAGAUAGAGGAACAGGUCAAGGCAGCAUGCCUACAAAGUCAGUUGUUUUUCAGCACUCAUUCUGGAUAUAAUUUCAUCAUCACAAACCACAGUGGUUCUACACGUGUUCCUCAAUCAAGGGUGGAGAAAUGGCCUCGAUUUGAAGGUCAAAAUCGCCAAACAGCUGAGCAAUCUUUGUUAGCUUUAUCUCAGAGUGAUGAAACUCGAUAUAAUUCUGAGUCUAUCUCAUCAAGGCAACUACUACCUACUCAAGCUACGCCUCUUCAAGUAAACAGUGGCCAUGACCAAACUGCGACUUCCAACUCCGAAUCUCACACUAGCGAAAAACAAUCCAAGCACGUGAAAUCUGCCCUCGCCCGUGAGAAGAGCGCCGCUGCUGAGCUUGAGGCUAUCAGUAAGAGGAAUGGGAACUCCCUCUAUCGUAAUCCUCGAGAAAAGGCUUAUCAAUUGCUCCUGGAACGCGAUCUUCAGGCGCAGAUAGCUUCUCAAAAUGAUGAUCUAUAUGGUGUGAGCGACGAAGAACGUGUUCGGCCUACGAGCGCGACGAAGUUGAAUAACGAGAAGAGAGUUGCAACUUCUAACAAAACUCGCAGAACAGAUGCAACAAAAUCCGCUGUUAUCCCUGAUUCUGAAAUCGAGGAGGAAAUCCAGCUCACUCCCAAAAAUAGUGAUACUCGACAGGGAGUCGACAGCAGACAAAGUCUCUCGCUAUCCAGCAUUCAAGGAAGCACUUUUGAUGAGGCUGCAACUCUUGAUAAAAGUCUUGGGAUCGAAGAAAAGAUCGGAAGCAAAACCUCCCUUCCGGCAGAGUCUGUCGACAGAGAUAACGAUGAACGUUUCUCUCUUCGCGAAAUGAUUGAUGCUAUGGAAUUUAUUGCAGAGCAUCCUUGGAUCUGCGAGCAUUUGUUGGUCGAUAAUGUCUGGGAUGAAUACAAGCUCUUUCAUGAGUAUAAUACCGAGGCUUUGAAGGUAGCAGAAGAAGAGAUUGAAGAAUCGAAAAGAGCUGCUGCAAAAGAAGCUACACCCUUUACACACAAGGGGAUAGAAGUGGGUUCAUCAAAUACCUCUGUACAUCGCACACAUAGUGCGAGCCAGACUUCUCAUUCCCCCAGUGCGCCUCCGCCUUACCUUGUAUCUUCAUCUCAUGCCGCACCUUCUAUUUGUCAAGCAGAUCCACUUAAUGGGCCUAAGAAAAAUCCCAUGACUGCUGCUGAAGAGGAAAAGGCAAUUACUGCAGCUGCGAAAGCCGGAUUUGUCAAUCGUAACUUUCAACUCCAAGUUGCUACGGUCUAUCGUGCAUUGGGAGUGGUUCCAACGGCUACAGGCCCUGUUCCUUCGAAUUAUCCACCUCUCAAUCUUGCUCAAUCGUCUGAAAGCUUUGCUCCUACCAACAAUGCACUGCUACCCCGAGGGAGAUCAAUCGAUAGAUCUGUUUCUGGUCAUAGUCAACCUACACGUCAUUCGCGGUCGUCGAAGGGUCGAUACAAGGCAACUAAUCCUAUUGUGGAUGAAGAUACCAUCAUUGUCGAUACGUCUUCACUUGUGCCGGCCCACGUUCAUUCUGUUCCUGAUCGCAUCGCCCCUCUACGUCGUGGUCGAUCAUUUGAAGAAUUAAUUCCCGCUUUUACUGCACCUAAGCGUCGUAUGCAAUCAAUUGUCGGACAAAAGAGCGCGGCUCAUGAUAUUGACAUAGAUAAAAGGUCUGACGGGCUAAAGAAGAGUCGCGCUCCUACUAUGAAUCGAGCCCAAAUGCGUGACCAGCUGCAGAUCGCUGCUGUCUACCAAUCACUUGGACGCCAAAAUUCGAUGCUUCCUGGAAAUUUCGGAAAUGAUGGCGCUAGGGUUGAGAUCAAUGAAGAAGAAGAAGAAGUUUCUACUGGAGCCGAUACUCUUAGACUUGAAAGACCACGCCCUGGAUGGGAUACUGAUCUGUAUGAAAACCCCCACGAUCGUCAUAUGCCAUCCUUUACACUUCAAGCAAAUCUUCAUGCGACAUUUGCUCAAGAUCGAUCCUCUGACAUGCACGGAGGAGUUGGUGUGCCAAGUGACUUUGGUUUCAACCCAUUUGUGAAUCAACGCAUGGAACUUGGGCCCGAUCUAAGAGGUCGUCGCUGUGCAACUUCUUCCACUGGUCGAGAUCAGCAAGGCGUUGCUGUAAAUCAAAGUCACAACGAGCAAGAUAUGAGACUUUCAGAAAUUGACUUCCAUGGUCCUGGAAAUCUUGGUGUAAACCACCAUAUCCCUGGGAUGUAUGGACUUUCUCGACCUAUUGCAGCUCAUGAUAAUCCGCAAGAAGACUUUUGGAUUAAUCGUGGGAACUUUGGUGACUUCGGACCAAUUGACAUGGGACUAGAUGUGGGUUUCAAUAUGAAUCUAGACCUAAACAUGGAUCUAGGUGCAGACCUUCCCCCAGCUCCUAACUUCAAUGACAUUCAAGGCCCAGAAAAUCACCUUGCUGAUUUCAGGGGCAACUACAAUUUUGACUUCAGUGUUGAAAAUAUGCCAUUUCCCGGUCCAAGAAGAUCCUCUCGUCAUCUUGGUGCUUUCAAUCCCAAUGUCAACCCCUCUGGUUUCGGUGGUAUGAAGCAAUCUUUCGGCAGUGUUAACCAAACUAUUGGUAGUAUGAACCAUGCUCCUGUCGGCUUUGAAGGCAUGGAUGAGUUCAUAUUCCAUAAUACACCUCUAGCACAAAUCAAUGCCGGUUUUGGUUUCGGCAACAUGAACCAAUCUUUUGAUCAACCGGCUAGAAUGGAUCCAUUCGAUGUUCCGGAAGUACCCCGUCGAGAAAACUCUAGUACAAGAAGUCAGCUAGGAGAAGCUGCCGCUCCAGUAACACCUCAUCGUACUCGUGCUAGUACUAGAAGUCAAAGACAGUAUGAUUUGUCCGCGAGAGGUGGCGGUUACUUCCGAUUCCAGGAUACCGAGUCAGUCGAAGGGGAAGGUGUAGAUGAAUAUCAUGGUGGAGAGGAUGAAGAAGACAAUGAAGAAGAUGAUGACGAGGAGAUGGGAGAAGAUGAGGAUGAUGAAGAUGAUUUCGAAGAGGAGAGCCCCAGUAAGAGAGCGCGUAACCACAAGUACUCUUCUAGGCGCUCAACUAGAAAUCCAGCUAGAAGUCCAACUAAAGCUUCCGUGAAAGGCUCCGCAAAGGGUACUCCAAGAAAACCAAGAAAGACUCUCGUCAAGAAAGGUGCCAAGGUUGCCUUCAAUCCUCGUCCAGCCUCAGCACCCUCUACCCUUGAUCGUGGUCCACCGCGGAGAUAUUAUCAAACUACCAUAAAUAUCUCACCUGGUGCUCGUGGUCCCCAGCUUAAUCUUGAGAGUUCUGGACGUCAGAGAAGAUUACCAUUUACGACUGUUGCUCAGGAUAGGGCAAAGUUUAAGAAGGAAUCCGAAAUGGACCCUGAGGAUCCGGAUUUGUGA